AUGACACUGCCCGAAUUUCAUAACCCGUCCGCGGCUCAGGUGGACGAACUCCGCCAGCUGUUUAGGGAGAAGUUGGAAAAAGACGCAGCCAAAGUGCCAGUCGGUGGCUUUCAUCAGCACGAUCUGAAAUGGGUCUUUGAAGGCGACGUCUGGUUGACGAAAUUCCUAGAAAACAAUGAUGUGAACAUGAAGGACUCGCUAAAGCAACUCUGGGAGACGAUGGAAUGGAGAAAACAGUCGGGUAUCAACGACAUUCGUGAGGAUAACAUCCGCAUGGAGUACAUCAACGAUGCGUUAAUGUAUCCACGGGGGCGUGACCUUGACGGUAAGACGGUGUUCAUCUUCAAGUCAAAACUGUACGUCCGGGGGACGCGCAAUUUGGACGAUCUCAAAAAGUGCUUCCUCUAUUGGAUCGAACGAAUCAUUCGCGAAGCGAACGAUGAUCUUGUGACGAUCGUUUUCGAUCUUACCGAUACGGGUCUGAGCAAUGUCGAUAUGGAUUAUACGAAGUAUAUUAUCAACACGUUCAAGAAUUACUAUCCCUGCUCUCUGAACUACAUCCUAAUCUACGAUCUUCCAUGGAUUUUGAAUGCUACAUUUCAACUCAUCAAAAGGCUCCUACCUGCCAAAGCCGUUGAUCGGUUAAAAAACAUCAGCAGUAAAAACAUCCGAGAGUAUAUCGAUGAAGACAAUAUGCCGCGAAGCUGGGGUGGUAAUGACGAUUAUGUGUUCCAGUUCGUACCAGAAGGGCGACGAAUGAUGGAGCUACCGUUAAUGCAAAAUGGUGUGCCGAAUGGAAUCCUCUCGAAAAAGGUUCACUUUGCCAAUCUAAGCCCACCGGAUUCCCCAAUGCUCGAUGAUAAGAUGAGUACCAGUUUCCCCGAACAUAGCGACGGCGAAAUGUUGCGGAUAAACCCGCAAAACAUCAUAACAUUCUCCAAAGCCGGCAAUGACUUCGUCGGAUCGGUAGAAAUUACAAACGUCGACAGCAAGGAUGUAUCGUACAAGGUGAAAACUACUGCACCUGAUAAGUUUCGUGUGCGGCCCAGCACUGGUGUUUUGCAGCCUUCGGCAAGCGUCACGAUAAAUGUAAUACUGCAGCAUGGAAACACAAUACAGACGCUUAACCGGGAAAAAUUUCUGGUGAUGUGUAUUGGACUGACACACGAAAUUUCCAACAAUCCGCAGGAGUUAGUCGAAUUGUGGAAGACUAUUUCCGCAAAAAGCGCAUCGGUGGAGCAGCAUCGUCUGAAGUGCGCCUUGCCGGUUAUGUUUGACGAGAGUGGCCUGGAGUCGGUGUUUGGUGCAAGUUCUAAUGCUGGUUCAGAUCAGUACAGCGCGAUGGGUGCCUCGUACAUCGGCAGCGGUACGAUAGGUUUAAGCGUGGAUAAGCAAAUGGCAAUGGUUCAGCAAACCAUCGCUCAUCUGAACGAAACGACGCACCGGCUUGAAACGCAGACGAAACGAAAUCAUAGAUUUCAAUGGGUAACGUGCGUGCUGUUCAUCUUGCUUGCAGUGGCUAUCGUGUACAUAUUGAAAGUAGAAAUUCAAAGCAACGCUUCGCAGUACUGCAGUACCAACGGAGGGCACCAUUAAAAUCAAGCACAGCUGUGCCGUCGUUUCUUUUCGAGAAAUAUAGCUGAGCUGCUGUCGGAAGGACAGCAGUUGUUCAUUUUCUCGCACGCUUGCCAGCUAUUUCAUUCCCGAGUCUUGGCUUGUUUCGUUUUGUCAUGUCUUACCACAUAUGCAUACAGGCCACUUAUCCGUCAGAUCUCUUAUGGGUUGUUCUGAAGCACAUAAUUUUCGCUGUAUUAUUAGGUUUCCAAUUUUUUGUUCAGGCUAGGGUAAUUCUGUUGCAUUAAGUUGUCUCCUAUGGUAGGGUGAUUUUAACAUGUAAAUUAUUUGUUAGUUGAUUAUAGAAUAACCAAUUUUGUAUCUGUCGCCGCCAUUAUCGCCCAAUAAAAGCCAGUAGGGUACAUUCGUGUUGGA